AUGAUCUUGAAGGCAUUAGUUUUGGCGUUUGUGUUGAAUAUCUGCCGUAUUGGCCAUGCUCGACUGGCACGGCUGAUAUACACAAGAAUAACUGUCAAGGGACAAUAUGAAGCGAAGGGCAGACAUACGUUGUUAGAGAUUGACGGAUCAGGGGACUCUCAAGUUGAUCUAACUAACGUCAAAGUGAAGCUACAUACAAACACGAAAUACUUCAAGGACGAGCAAGGCCUCCAACAUUGGGCCAUCAGGAACUACACAUACGACUUUGACUACGGCGACAACGUUUACUUCUUAAUUGAAAACUUGUUCAGAGAAAGCAAAGAGUGGAGAGAAUUAGGUUCACCAGUCAUAGAGUAUGCAGUAAAGCUGGCAGUGAAGACUGUGAUGAAAUUCUUCCACGCUGUGCCAUGUAACGAACUGAUAGAAGCUCCACUACCUGAAUUAGAACCUUGGGAACUCAAUCAAAUCACUAAGGGUGGGUUGCUUCCAGAUACGUUGUUAUAG